AUGCCUACGAACACCUCCGUGGUGACCGAAUUCAUUCUUGUCGGCUUCUCCCGCCUGACCAGCCUCCAGGGCUUACUCUUCUCCUUCUUUCUCACCGUCUACCUGCUCACCAUGGCUGGCAACCUCCUCAUCGUGGUGCUGGUUUCCGCUGACGCUGCCCUCCGGACCCCCAUGUACUUCUUCCUUCGAAACCUCUCAACCCUGGAGAUCGGCUACACGUCUGUCAGUCCCCUGCUGCUUCACCACCUCCUCACCGGUCAGCGCCGCAUCCCUCUCUCUGGUUGUGCUCUCCAGAUGUUCUUCUUUCUCCUUUUCGGUGCCACAGAGUGUUGCCUCCUGGCAGCCAUGGCCUAUGACCGCUACGCCGCCAUAUGCCAACCCCUUCGCUACCCACUGCUGCUGAGCCAACGGACGUGCCUGUGUCUAGCUGGGUCAGCGUGGGCCUGUGGGGCACUGGUGGGCCUGGGCCACACCUCCUUUGUCUUCUCCUUGCCCUUCUGUGGCCCCAAGGCCAUCCCACACUUCCUCUGUGAGAUCCAGGCUGUCCUGCAGCUGGUAUGUGGCAACACCUCUCUCAACGAACUACAGAUUAUCCUGGCCGCUGCUCUCCUCAUCCUCUGUCCCUUUGGCCUCAUCCUGGGUUCCUAUGGGCGUAUCAUGGCUACGAUCUUCCGGAUCCCGUCUGCUGCUGGCCGCAUCAAAGCCUUCUCCACCUGCUCCUCCCACCUGGUGGUGGUGUCCCUUUUCUAUGGCACCGCCAUCUUUAUCUACAUCCGGCCUAAGGCCAGCUAUGAUCCCGCCAGUGACCCUCUUGUCUCCCUCUUCUAUGCUGUAGUCACCCCCAUCCUCAAUCCCAUCAUCUACAGCCUCCGGAACGCUGAUGUCAAGGCUGCCCUAAAGAGAACCAUCAAGAAAAUGGGGCCAGCAGAGAUUUGA